AUGGGUUUCGACGAUUUGGUUAAGCAAGGUGAAGCUUUCUACAAGGGCCAAGACGGCAAGGUUGACACUUCCAAGUUGAAGGAAGACGCCACUGACGCCUACAACGUGUACUCGCUGAAAACUGGUACCACCCAAGACAAGGCCAAGCAAAUCUACUCUGAAAUCCAGAACAACCACAACACCUCGGGUGGUAAGAAGGAAGAAUCCAAGACCGAAAGCAAGUAG